AUGAUUACUCUCAUACUAUUUACCACCGGCAUAGCCAUUACCAAUUUUUUAGUUCCAAGGAACAAGGUUUGGGUUAGCUCCAUUGCACAAAGAGCGGCACUAUCCUUACUUUCUCUUAUAGUCCUCACCAACCAUUGGACCUCCUCCUGACACAAACUAUCCUCCACUCUAGCUUCUGAUACUAUAUCAGCUCCUCUGAUUAUAUUAAGGUGCUGGUUAUGUCCAAUAGCUCUUAUAGCCAGAAAGGGCCACCUUAAAAAGGCAAGAAGCCUAAACCAACGGAUGUUUAUCUCUUUGGUUAUAAUAAUUACUGGAGCCCUAAUAAUUACUUUCUCAUCUUUAGAACUACUAUUAUUCUACGUGGCCUUUGAAACAACCCUAAUCCCCACCUUAAUCCUUAUAACGCGGUGGGGAGCACAAAUGGAACGAUUUCAAGCGGGCCUAUAUUUUAUGUUUUACACCCUAUUUGGAUCCCUACCAUUACUUAUCAGGCUCAUUGCCAUCUACUCAUCUAGAACAUCACUCUCUAUCCCCAAAGUCGAAUUAAUAUGGUGAACAGAGAAAUCAAUCAACUCACUUACCAUGUGAUGAGCACUUUCAAUAAUUGCUUUUCUCAUAAAGAUGCCCAUAUACGGAUUUCAUCUCUGACUUCCAAAGGCGCACGUGGAGGCCCCUGUUGCAGGGUCGAUGAUACUCGCAGCGAUCCUCCUAAAGUUAGGAGGGUAUGGAUUGACUCGUCUCAUCUCUUUGUUUUCGACCAUAUCGCUAAAAUAUCUCUCCCUAGUAUUAAUUGUAUUUUGCUCUUGAGGAGCCUUGGUGACGAGAAUUAUAUGUAUACGACAAACCGAUCUUAAGGCCCUAAUAGCAUACUCUUCAGUCGGGCACAUGAGAGUAGUAGCAGCCGCCAUUUUCUCUGGCACAAAAUGGGGACUAAAAGGAGCCUUGAUGUUAAUGAUUGCACACGGACUAGUCUCUUCUGCCCUCUUCUCUAUGGCCAAAACAGUCUACGAACGAAGGGGGACACGAACCCUCGCCAUAACCCGAGGGCUAAAGAUGCUGCUUCCUUUAAGAACACUAUGGUGGCUCCUAAUGUGUGCAGCAAAAUUGGGGUUACCUCCCUCCCCAAACCUAAUCGGGGAAAUAUUAAUACUAUCCUCUUUAAUCUCUUGGUCUGUGUGGUUGUUCCCUAUACUUGGGUUCGCAACCGUAUUCGGAGCCAUCUACUCCCUUAUGAUAUUCCAAAUGUCUAAUCAAGGGACACCUUCAAGAAAAGUAGCAAAAAUUGCCCCAUCCUUUUCUCGAGAGCAUUUACUAGCGAGACUGCAUAUCCUACCCCUAGUGCUAAUUAUUAUCAACCCAAUGUCAACACUAAUUUCCUGAUUAAAGUAG